AUGUCCAGAAGGAAGCAGGCGAAACCACGAUCUCUGAAACGAGACGAAGAGUGGGACGACGGGAACGAGCAGAAUGUCCUGGAGGUAACCGAGCAGGAUAAUGAGACAACGGGAAUUAAACAGGAUGAAGAGGAGGAGGAGGAAGAGGAGGAGCUGCAGAGAGCGUUCAGUCGUCAUUCAGAGGAGUACCUGCAAGACGGGAGGCCGUCGUCUGUCCAAGGACUAGACCUGGAGAACCAGAACAGCCUCGACAGCGAGGCCUUGGGGACCGGAAGUUCGUCGUGGCAGAGCGAGGAUGGCGGCCCGAACUCGCAGCGCGGCGGAGAGACGCCGUCGUCUUGCGCGACGCCGACGUCGGCCAGCUUCCCGUCGGAGCCCGAGGUCGACGCCGACGUCGGUGUAAACGCCGACGGGAACAACGCCACCGCGCCCUACCCCUGCCAAUUCUGCGACCGCACGUUUCCUCGGCUCAGCUACCUGAAGAAACACGAACAGAGCCACGGUGACCAAAUGCCAUACAGAUGCAGCUGGUGUGCCAGAUUAUUCAAACAUAAACGCAGCAGAGAUCGACACGUGAAGCUUCACACAGGAGACCGAAGAUAUCGAUGCACGCACUGCGAGGCUGCUUUCUCCAGGAGUGACCACCUGAAGAUCCAUAUGAAAACACACGACACCCAGAAGCCGUAUCAGUGCACAGCCUGUUCCAGAGGUUACAACACGGCAGCUGCUCUAACAUCCCACAUGCAGUCGCACAAGAAACAUCAUCAAUCGCAAGGAACGACCAAGCUCCAAGAGAUCGAUUAUGGUAGAAGAAGCGUGUCCUCUCACAGUACGUCUUCGCCACCUGUGCCGAGUUCUCCGUCGCCAUCUUUAAAUCUCGCGUUGAAUCCGAAGACUGGCCUGAAGAGCUCCCAGGGUAGCGCUUCGACGACUCCAAUUCUGAGUUCUCCGUUGAAGUUGGCCUGCAUGUACUGCACCAGAGACUCCUUCAGCUGCAUGCAACAGCUCCAGAUGCACGUGCACACGAUGCACCAGGCUAUCCUAAGCGGAGAAACGGUUGCAGUAUCUCCGUCGACUAAUAGAAGCAACGAGCAAAUAGCUUAUCAACGCGAAAAGAAUUUGGAUCGACCCGAGGGUACCUCGAAGGAGCAUGAAAAGAAGUACCAAGAGGAUGCGGAAGGAUCGAUCGAGAAGGAUCACUAUGAAAACGCGUUCACGUGCAACCAGUGCACUAUGAAGUUCUCCACGUUAGGUUCUCUGAGGGAUCAUUUGAUUUCUAUCCACAGAACCGACGGUUUCGGAUCUACCUUGAUGAUGUGUCCUCUCUGCGGCAUUCCCUGCACUUCUGCUGCAGCCUAUGCAGAGCAUUACGUUCUCCAACACUGUGAGAAUCGACGAGUAGGUCCUCUAGAAGCUAGAGACUACGUAGAUUCCAAGAUGAACGGAAGUUACGAUUCUAAGAGUUCCAGGAGUCAGAAAUGCAGAGAGCAAACGUCCUCUGAGCCAGCAGAUUUAACCAGCAAGCAUUCCACGGCUACAGAAAGCAAUUAUACAGCUGGUACAUUGUUGUGUGGUCAGUGUGGCGCGGCUUUGAAGGACUUCGAGUCCUUCAGAGAACACUUGGCUAGACAUCUCCAAGCCGAUCAUCGAAACGAUGUCGUCAGGCAUCCUUGCCCUAAAUGUGAAGCCAUAUUCCAAGAUAGGGAAGACAUGUUGGUACACUUGACGAAACAUUACCUUGGUCAGAUCAGCAAAGAGUACGCUUGUGGCGCUUGCAAGAAGCUUUAUCCCCAUCCUGAUCUUCUUCAAAGACACUUGCUCGAUAGCCACGCUCAUCAUCUCUAUAGAUGCGCUCUAUGCAGGGACACUUUCGAUUCCAGGGUUGCGAUACAAGUUCAUUUCGCCGUGAAACAUAGUCAAGAAUGUAGGAUCUAUCGAUGCAAUGCUUGCACGGUGCCUAAUAAUGAAAACUCGCCAGGGAACGCGCCGGGGGAAGGAAAAAGUUUCUUUAGAAGCGAAUCUGAGAUGGCGAACCACGUGAGGAACGUCCACGCACCUCCCACGGUGUCGAGUAACAGUCCUGUUGCCAGAAGUCCUGCGUCUACCCCAGGGAUAACUGGAAAUUCCGGACCAAGAUGCGUCUUCUGUGGGAUUUGCUGUAGUUCUGAGCUAGAACUGCAGCUUCAUUUGGCCAGCCAUUCUGCAAACUUGUACAGGUGUCCGGUUUGUAGAGAAGGAUUUGCCGUAGAAUUCCUGUUGGACAGACAUAUUGCUCAAGCACAUCAUUCUAGUGAUCAUCAAGGUGCUGUUAGAAGUAGUUCUAGGGAAAACGGGAGGAUUGGUAGACCACCAAGAUUACAGGAAGAGGCUAAAUCUCAGAAAAGAGGCCGUUCUCCAGCAUCCAGCAACAAUAAUUCCCUAAACCAACGGGACAACAAUAAUAAACGUCCAAAUUACACCAAUACGUCGUCCCAGCAAUGUGAUCUGUGCGAAAGAGGAGAGUUUUCCAACGAAGCAGAACUUCAAGCCCACAAAAAACUUGCUCAUAGUACAGCUAAGCUGCAAAAUAAAUCCAUAUCGAACCUAAGCAUGACCUGUGCAUACUGUGGAGAAGUAUGUCGUUCUAGAACCGAUCUGGAAUCUCAUACAAGAAUUCAACAUGCUUCAAACGAACCCGGUGGACGCCACAAGUGCAACAUCUGCGAUGAGGUUUGCCCUUCGGGUGCGACUCUUGCGGAACACAAACUGCAGAAACAUUGUAAGAUUCAGUUAAGUGACACGUGCAUCGUUUGCCGAGGAAACUUGACUACAGAGUCGCAAUUUCUGGAACACGUUCAAAGACACAGUCUAGAGAACGUAGAUCCUCAACAAAGAUUAGAUGGUUCCCUUCCUCAUCUUCCUGCGGCAUGUGUAGUUUGCAGACAGACGUUGAUUAGUGAUUUAGAAUGUCGUCUUCACGCCAGACAUCAUUUGAGAGCAUCCACUGGUUCUCAUAGCGUGGGAUCUAGCCCCAGUCCUAAUCAGAAGAGCCAAAGUCCAAAUUGCUGUCUUUGUUUAAGAGAUUAUUCAGCCGACGACUUUGUUAAUUUACCUCCAAAUCAUAUAAGUGGAGGAGGACAAUCUUUAAGGGUCUGCAAAUCUUGCUACAUUCGUCAUUCUCAGGGUUUACCUAUUUUGAAUGCACCAUAUGAACCUCUUAGGUCUAAAUGUGAUGCUCCUUGGAUAUCCAGCAAUAAAGAUGGACAGUGGGAUGGGUCAAGGGAUAGAUGGGAGUCAGAGAGUAGAUUUAAAGAAGACAGAAAUGAGACAUCGUUCCCAACAGAAGCGAAGAUCCAGCAGCACAUAAGAAAGGAACAUCUGGAGGCAUCGAAAGCUUCUAUCGAGGCAUUACGAUGCCAUCUAUGUCUAUUCGAAGCCAGCAGUCCAUUACAGUUGCAGAGCCAUUUGAUAGAACACACUUUUGCAGGAUGUGCAGCACUUAGUUGCUACAUUUGUCAGUCACUCUUCACUGCACCCAUUGGUCUUCAGAACCAUAUGCUCCAAGAACACGGCCUGGGUGCUCGUCCGUACGACUGUUCUCAGUGCACGCUUAAAUUCUUCUUCAGGGCUGAGCUAGACCAUCAUAUGCUAACAUUUCACCGACUCGGGGAAAUACCCUCGCCUAGUGGAAACGCACAGGACAUUGUCGAAACAAAGACAAAGGACACCGAAGAGAAAAUCUACGACGACGGAGUAACGGUAAAAGAAGAACUACUUCCGGAUGCCGGAGACGAAGAAGAAGAGAUCAACGUGGACGAGCAAGUGGAAGAAAAUGAUCGAAAAAUAGACAAGCAUUCGGUAAUCGAAACGAAAUUGAAAACUGAGCUCGAGGAGGAAACUGUUCCUGAAAAAAUGGAAUCGUGA